CUCGUCUCGCUGUGUCAUCUCAGUCAUCUCAAGCCAUAAAGCCAUAAAGCCGCUGAUAAGAAUCACUUGACACCGUGCAUAGCCUGUUCCGGUUUACUAGUACUCCGAGUCUCGAGAAUAUAUUCAAUCGCUUAAAACACCUGGAAGGAAACGACCAGCAAAGACUAUCAAAUACCAGGCUUAUCAACAACGUCCCGCAUCUGCUCGUCUGUGUGCGCACCUUGUGUAGAUCCCACGAACCCCGAGGAACCUCGAAUCGUUAAGAGGUUUUAAGAAAACAACAGCACACUUGGUCUAUGUCGUGAUAUAGGCGUAACCGUUACUCUCUCGCCUUAUUCAAGAACAUCCAAAGAGGAGGCAUAUUUAUAUAGGUAUAUACAUAUAUACCUCUGACCUAUCGUCCAGGUCUAGUUGAUUAACGCCAAUCCGAAACCUAUUCGCUCGCUUUCGGCACGAAGAUAUUUCGUGCCCCAAUUCACUUCUUUCGUUUUACUUAAUUAUUAUAAUACAGCUUUUACAAUGGCUGGCCCAGGUGGUGGUCCCCCGCGACGCAGUCACACUAAGUCGCGCAAGGGCUGCGAUAAUUGCAAACGUCGGCAUAUCCGAUGUGAUGAGAACUUCCCCCAAUGCCGUAACUGUACCAAGCACAAGGUCCGAUGCCCGUACAACGAUGUGCCUGUUCCUGAUGAAAGGGCGGCAACUCCCGACAAGCCCGAUCUGAUGUGGACCCCUGAGAUUGAGGCCGCCGUCGAGCAGUGGCAGCGAACUGGAAUUUUCCCGUUCCCGAGCCUUAACAUCUACCCAGCACCGGCACCUCAGUAUUAUUCGAUUGAGGAUCUUAGGCUGAUUUUCCACGUCGCUGCCAUCUGCAAUGAGAUGAGCGCCAUGGAUGCUAACGGGUUUACCCUUUGGACCCGUCAGAUUCCUACAAUCAUUAAAAUCGGUGCUACCCAUGGCUAUGUUAUGCAUGCCCUGCUCGCCUUUUCGGCCGAGCACAUCGCUUUCUUGACUAACUGUCCGCAUGUGGGCAGCAUGGGUUACGAGCAUCGUGGUGUUGCAUUCAAGGGGUUGCAGGAAGCCAUUGGAUCAUUCUCACGUGAAAACUCAGACGCCGUUCUAGCUGCCUCGCUCGUGCUCUCGUGGCAGGCGACAGAUUGGCGAAGCUGGACACAAUUGAUGCAAGGGACCUCGUCCGUCAUCGAUGCUAUGGAACCCUGGAAGCACGAGUCCCAAUUUGGAGAGUUCAUUGCUGAAAGCAGCACGUUCCCUACUGCGCCACCGUCCCCGACUCCGGAUCACAAGCCUCAUCAGCCGCGGAAGGAGGAUCUUGAUGCGUUCCAGCGCACCAUUAACCAGAUCACCAAGGUCGAAGCUCAUCUGAAACAAAACAAGGAGGACCCUCAACUGGCGACCCAGCUGGUAUGCUUCCUUAAGGGUGCUCGCAAAGUCAGCCCGAUUCAGUCGAUUGAAGAUCAGUUUGAUCGACUUCGACCUCUCCGCACCUGGCUCUUCUGGCUUCCUGUGAUGUGCUUCAAGCAAAACGGUACUUCUCCGAGUGCCUUGGUCGUUGUUGCGCACUACUACACUGCUGCGAUCAUGAUGGAACGUCUCUUCCCUGAGAUCGGCGCCGCAUACUUCGGUAGUCUCGCCAUCGGACCGGUAGAGGAAAUUGCCCGACGACUGCUCUCGAUCAACGUUUCUGGAAGCCUCGACGGAGACUCGCAGACGCCGCUUACGCUCAUGGAGUUCCCCAUCGAUACCGUUAACGAAUUUCGGUCUCGCAUGGGUUGGGUCCAGCCGGUUCGUACGCCGUCAUUCCCGCAAUUCGACCCGCCCAACUUCUACAUGAGCGAGGAUGUCAUGCAAGGCACUCCCCCUUCUACGGCCUCGUAUCUACCUUACGGAGAUAAUCCGGCGUUCAGCUGGAGCACUGAGGAUCUUUCCGUGAUGGGUCACGAGCAGGAGUCCGGCAACGCAGUCAGCCCUUUGGUCAUUUCUUCGCCGUUUCCGAGCCAGCAGUACCUCAACAUUCCGUCGCCCUCGUACGGAGGCUACAGCCCGGUGUCGUCAACAUUCGGAGAGGGUUCCGUUGCAUAUAGCGACCACGAUGAAUUUGGCUCGUGGGAUUCUGGGAUGACGGCCUAUCCGCCUCUUGGCUCUGUAGGGCCCAGCAACUUUGGUGUCGGGUUCGUCUCUCCAAUCCAGACCGUGUGGAUCUAAGCUCUGAAGUCCCACAUUGGCUCUCCGUUUUGACGUGGAAGAGGAUAAAAAUGAUUGACCAUACCGCUCAGGAACACCAAUACGCAGCAU